CUCUCCUCGUCCCGGAAAUUUAAAACCUCCAUCGAAGAAACACCAAAAUAAGAGCAGCCGGGAAAAAUACACAACCUGGCAACCAGCGAGGUCGCUGACGUUACAUAAGCAACCGCGCACGCGCAGAUAGGAGUUCCGCUUGUGAGGGUUGAUUUCAUUUUGGUGAGAAUUGUUUAGAUGUUCGCUUUUGUGUGCGCGCGUAUCAGUCCUUUGGUCUUCCCGCAGGGGGCAGCACUGAGCCUCACUCGUUAGAAGAAGAAGCACCGUAGAAGAAGAACAGACCCGGAAGUGCUGCUGUCAGACGUCACCGGACCGGAGCCGCCUGUUGUUGUUUGUUUGUUUAUUUACCUACCAUGGUGUUGGGGGAGGUCCCUGCUGAGAACAUGGCCCGCCCCCUGGGCAGGAACGAGGUCAUCGGCCUCCUCUUCCGUCUCACCAUCUUCGGCGCCGUCACCUACUUCACCAUUAAGUGGAUGGUGGACGCCAUCGACCCUACCAGGAAGCAGAAGGUGGAGGCUCAGAAACAGGCCGAGAAGUUGAUGCGACAGAUCGGCGUGAAGAACGUCAAACUGUCCGAGUACGAGAUGAGCAUCGCCGCUCACCUGGUCGACCCGCUCACCAUGCAGAUCACCUGGAGAGACAUCGCAGGUCUGGACGAGGUCAUCACCGAGUUAAAGGAGACGGUGAUUUUACCUGUGCAGAAGAGACACCUGUUCCAGGGCUCCAGACUCCUGCAGCCGCCCAAAGGUGUUCUGCUGUAUGGACCCCCUGGCUGCGGUAAAACACUGAUCGCCAAGGCGACGGCCAAAGAGGCGGGGUUUCGUUUCAUCAACCUGCAGCCGAGCACUUUGACGGACAAGUGGUACGGAGAGUCCCAGAAACUGGCCGCUGCCGUCUUCUCAUUGGCUGUUAAACUGCAGCCGUCAAUCAUCUUCAUCGACGAGAUCGAUUCGUUCCUCAGAAGUCGCUCCAGCUCUGAUCAUGAAGCCACCGCCAUGAUGAAAGCUCAGUUCAUGAGUCUGUGGGACGGACUGGACACUGAUCAUCACUGUCAGGUGAUCAUCAUGGGAGCCACUAACAGGCCUCAGGAUCUGGACUCAGCGAUCCUGAGGAGGAUGCCCACGAGAUUCCACAUCAACCAACCGAGCGUCCAGCAGAGGGAGCAGAUCCUGCGGCUGAUCCUGGAGCACGAGAGCGUGGACUCCUCGGUCAGCCUCGACACUGUUGCCAAGGAAACAGACGGUUUCUCCGGAAGUGACCUCAGAGAGAUGUGUCGCGACGCCGCGCUGCUCUGUGUGCGAGACUUUGUCCACACUCAGGACGACAGUGAUGAUGUCAUCCGUCCCAUCCAUCAGUCCGACCUCCAGAGAGCCAUCAGCAAGAUGAAGAAAUCCAAAUCCGCGGGCGGACACAGCGUCCUGCUGCACGCCGCUCUGGACUGAUCACACGUCACAUGACCCCGGGUCGUCACAUGACCCCGGGUCACUCCACAGCGUAUUAAAAUCUUCAUUUGCAGUUUGUUUAAAAUGACGAUUUAAAUGAAAACAAACAUCAGAUCAGUUUUAAAAAAAACAAACAAAAAAAACGUCUCCUCCUCCAGUGUAAACUUCACUUCCUGUCCGGUCUCUUCACUUCCUGUCUGACACUCUGAGCUCAUUGGCUGCUGCUGACGAGCUGUAAAUAAAGUUACGUUGCGUUCACUCAGGAAGUGAUUUUUAAAAAAAAUACUUUUUUUCAACGAAACAGCUUAACCGCUGGGGCUAAUGCUAAGCUAUCUACCCUAAUGCGGCUAAGUACCCUCCUGGAUCUAGUUCAAAGCCAACUACUCUUUCUGGGGCUACUGCUAAGCUAACUGUUUUUUUCUGGGGCUACUGCUCAGCUAAUUGUUUAAUGCCAACUCCUCUUCCGUGACUGAUGCUAUGCUAACUACACUUCUGGUGCUAAUGGUACACUAACUGAUUUUCUGGGGCUAAUGCUAAGCUAACUGUUCUCAGUAAAGUGACUGUAACACAGGCGCAUUAGAUCUGACCUCAGAUCAUAUUCAGUUAGAUUACAUCAAAUUUUAUAUAAUUUGAUUACACUGAAUCAGAUUGGAUGAGAUUAUAUUCAAUUUCAUUUGAUGUGAUUUAAGUUAAUCAGAUAAGAUUACUCACAAUGAUCCUGUCUGGGAUUAUUUUAAUCUGUUUGUGCUGUGACCUUCACUUUGUUACCAUGGGGAUGCGGCUGAAACUGAUCAAUGACCAUUUUUCCUUCUACAACAGCAGCAGCAGCAGCACCUGGUGGACGACAGAGGAACUGCAGCAACUGAGUUUUCACUUCUGAUCAUUUAUUGUUUAAAUUAAAUUCAUGAAAUUAAAACAAAAUUUGAGCCAAAAAUUUAAACUGGAAACAUUUGCAUCAAAAAGUUUAUUUCAACAUUUAUUUAUCGGCUAAUUUUUUGACUUUUAAAUUCAGUUAGAUUUCCACAAAAUUGAAAUAGUUUAAUAGUUUUUAUUGAUCAGAAAUCUGUUACAGUUUUAUCAUGAAUUCUGUUUGACUUGUUUACACUGUUUAUUUUUGUUUAUGAUGAUGUCAUCAGCUGCCAAUGUUUGUGUAUUUAUUUCCUGUUGUGACGAUGAAAUAAACCCCAGUUUAAACUGUGACAUUAA